ACGAUGGCUUCAGCCGGCCUCGAGAUCCUGGGCAUGAUUCUGGCCGUGGCCGGCUGGCUGGGAGUGAUGGUGGCCUGCUGCUUGCCCAUGUGGCGUGUGGCGGCAUACGUAGGCCAGAACAUUGUGAUCACACAGGUGGUCUGGGAGGGCCUGUGGAUGAGCUGCGUGGUCCAGAGCACGGGGCAGAUGCACUGCCAAAUCUACGACUCUAUGCUGGGGCUUCCUGAGGACCUCCAGGCGGCCCGUGCCCUCACCGUGGUCUCCACAUUUGUCGGGGUGGUGGGCAUCGCUCUCGCGGUGGCAGGGGCCAAGUGCACCAACUGCACAUCGGAUGCAUCCAAUAAGCCGCGCAUCAUGCUGGGCUCCGGAGGGGCGUUCAUCGGGGCCGGGCUGCUGCUGCUGGUGGCCGUGUGCUGGACGGCCAACACCAUCAUCCUGGACUUCCAUGACCCGCUCCUGCAGGAGACCCAGAAGAGGGAGUUCGGGAACUCGCUGUACUUCGGCUGGGGCGCCUCCUGCCUGCUGAUCCUAGGGGGAGCCAUACUGUCCUGCUCAUGUCCUUCCAGAGGACGCCCUGCAUCGACCAGAGCAAAUUACUCCACGGUGAAAUCCAUGGCUGCGACUGGAUAUGACAAAAGGGACUAUGUUUGA